AUUGAGUAAGUGAAUUACAGGCAAUGUGCCUCCCUUCCUCUUAUACUCUGUCUUGUUAGCAGUCGGACUGACACAACAGGAGAAACCUGACAAACUGCUGCUCCAGUCAAAAUGUACCUGUGCUGUUGGCUGGCUCUGGUGGCUUUAAUCCCUGUGACCCUAAACACCAAUCCUGGGGUGAAGGUCAAGCUAACGGCAAAAGGCCUUGAAUAUGGCAGACAACUGGGGAUGGCUUCCAUCCAGCAGAAACUCAAAUCCAUCAAAGUCCCAGAUAUGUCAGGGAAACAGAGGGUGUCUCCCAUUGGCAAGGUCCGCUACAGCUUGACCAAUUUGCGAAUGGUGGAUGUGGGAUUGCCAAAGUCCGCGCUGGAUCUGGUGCCAGGGACUGGCGUCAGACUGUCCAUCGGUAACGCCUUCCUCCGUCUGCGCGGAAACUGGAGGGUCAAGUACCUCCGAAUAAUAAAGGACAGAGGCUCUUUCGAUUUGAACGUCAAUGGUCUCACCAUCACUACCAGCGUUGCCAUGAAGAGUGACGAGACAGGCCGGCCUGGGGUCAGCACGGUCAGCUGCGUGGCCACUGUCGGCAGCGCGAAAGUCAAAUUCCACGGCGGAGCCAGCUGGUUGUACAAUCUCUUCAGAAAGUUCAUCGAUAAGGCUUUACGGGGUGCACUGCAGAAAAAGAUCUGCCCUCUGGUGGCCGAUGCAGUAUCUGAUUUGAACCCUGAGCUGAAAACUCUUAACGUCGUAGCCAAGGUGGACAAGUACGCAGAGAUUGAAUACUCCAUGGUGUCAGCGCCCAUAGUGUCCACAUCCUCUAUUGAAUUGGGCUUGAAGGGUGAAUUUUACAACAUCCAGAAGCACCAGGAGCCUCCAUUCUCCCCCACGGCCUUUUCCAUGCCGCCCCAGUCCACCAACAUGUUGUACACCGGCUUGUCCGCCUUCACCGCCAACUCUGCGGCCUUCGUCUACAACACAGCCGGAACCCUCAGCCUGUCCAUCACCGAUGACAUGAUCCCAAAAGGCUCGCCCAUACGACUCAACACCAAAACGUUCGGAGCCUUCAUCCCGCAGAUCGCCGAGCGUUUCCCUGGCCUGAUGAUGAAACUGCUGGUGAAGACGGUGAAAAACCCCGUCAUCACUUUUGAACCCAACAACGCCACGGUGCAGGCCACAUGCACGGUGACGGCCUACGCUAUCCAACCCAACACCACACUCUCCCCUCUCUUUGUCCUAAACUUGGAUACCAGCGUCAGUGCCCGACUGGUUGUCAGUGGAUUGAGGCUGGCCGGAUCUGUCACCCUUAACCAAAUGGAUCUGACCCUAGGAAAAAGCUACGUGGGGGAAUUUCAGGUCAGAGCCCUCAACAACAUCUUCCAAAUCGUCCUCAAAAUUGUUGUGAUACCAAUACUGAACGUUCAACUUGCAAAGGGAUACCCACUUCCUGCACUCGGAAAGAUGAAGCUCGUGAACACUCAGCUUCAGGUCCUGAAGGACUAUAUGCUGAUUGGGACAGAUGUUCAGUUCAAUCGUUGAAUGGCGUUUCUGGAAACUCCCAGGAUUCAUUUGUGCGCAUUCUACAAUGAAGAUGCACUCACAGAGUUCAGCUGACAGUGAAAUUAGAGAAAAAACUGCAUGAUGCACAGAUAAUACCACUCCUACAAGACUAGAAAUUCUGAUAUCCUGUUUGCUUUUAGAUCUCAGGUUUUACUAAAGUAAUUUUUCUGUUCUUCAUACUGUUUUUCUUUUUCUUUUUAAUGUGUACCUGGAGCAGGUUUUCCACAUGUAAAAUGUAGAUGGGGGCAAUGAUCUUCUCCAACAGGACACAGUCUGCAGGAGAGGGUUCGCUGUUGUCUCUACAAUUAUCUGUUUUUGAAAUAAAAUGCUCUUUCCAGAGCAGAUCACA